AUGGGGCUGAAGGGCGACGCGCCCUGGGCGCUGAGCGUUAUGUGGCUGUUGGCGGGCCUGGUGUUCUUCUUCCUGCUGCUGCGCAUUUACACGCGCGUCGUCUGUCUCGCGUCGUACGGCAUCGACGACCACGUCUACUUCACGGCCUUUGUAUUCCUCCUCAUCUUCACCAUCUUCACCACCCUCGCCGGCAACCACGGCUUCGGCCAGACCAUGGACGAGAUCGGGGACAUCGACCAAGCCGUGCGGGCGACGCUCUAUGAGUGUAUUGGCCAGGGGUUCGCCAUCGUGGGCAUGGCCAUCGCGAAAGCCUCGCUCGGCUUUUUCCUGCUCCGUCUUGUCACCAUCCCCUGGCACAGGAUUGCCAUCUGGAGCGCCAUGACCCUCGUCAUGCUGGCGUCUAUCGCUCAAGUCCUCUGCUUCUGGCUCUCGUGCGUCCCCUUGAACUAUGUGUACGACCGCCGCAUCCCGGGCGGGUACUGCCCGAUCGAUACCCGGCCAACAUCGUACAUUCUCUGCAUCUCGACUAUCACUGUCGACUUCUUCUUCGCCGUCUUCCCCUGGAUCAUUGUUUACCCACUCCAGAUGCCGCAGCGGGAGAAGUACACCAUCGCCGGUAGUAUGAGUCUGGGUCUGGUCGCCGCUGCAGCCGGUAUCAAGCGAACGACCGAGGUCGAAGGCCUGUACACAUCGAACUACCUGAAAGACAGCGUAGGCCUAAUCGUCUGGUCCUCGGCCGAGAUGGCCGUCACCCUGAUCUGCAUCGGCAUCCCCGUGUGCCGGCCGCUGUACAAGCGCGCCUUCCGCCGCCUCUUCGGCGCUUCCUCGUACUACAACAACUCGGGCGGCUACCAGAAGCAAUCCAACUCCCAUCAGCCGCAACAAAAUAAUAACAACAGCAACUCGGUCCCGCUGCGCACCAUCGGCGGCGGGCUGGUCGACGCGGAUGGGAAGCCUGUGGUGCUGGUCUCCAAGAGGAGUAAGAAGACACAGGGUGAUAGUGGGAAUGGGAGUGGGAGUGGGAGUGGGAGUGGUGGUGCCGAUGCCGAUAGGGAUGAGGACGUCGAGGAUAGUACGGACGAGGUCAGUUUCAGCGAUGUGAAGCUGGGCGUCAACGGGCCCUUUACGCGGACGACAGUGGGAAGGGGGAAGCGGAGCAGCGUAGUGGUGGGCGGGGAUAACUCGUCGGGCGAGGAGAUUCUGGGGGAUGAAUACCGUCGGAAUCAGAUGAUGAUGGGAUGUAGUAGUAGAGGUCGGAGGUCGGAUGAGGAAGGGGGUGACACUGGGGGGAAGAGUAGGGGGGAAAGGGGGGAGAGGGGGGCGCAUAAGCUGGGGAGUAAUGAGAUCAUGGUCACUGAGACGUUUCGCGUGGAGAGGUCGUCGCGGGCUAGUUGA